GAGGCGGAGCAACACAAGCCGUGCAGGAGCAUGAAAACCCCGCAACUGUUUCCAAAUAAAACCAAUUAAUUCGUGAUUGUGCAUGUUUUAAUAAAGAUAUUAUAGCUCGGAAUUUAACUACGCUUUGCCAUGUCUGUCAACUAUGCCGCCGGAUUGUCUCCCUACGCGGAUAAAGGCAUCUGUGGACUUCCUGAGGUGUUUGAUGAGCCGGAUGAGUUGCGAGCUAAAGUGGAGACUUUGGCGCAGUUGAUCAGAGACUCGCAGUACAUGGUGGUGCACUCGGGAGCAGGAAUCAGCACCUCUACAGGCAUACCUGACUUCAGAGGCCCAAAAGGUGUCUGGACGAUGGAGGCAAGAGGAGAGAGUCCUCAGUUUGACACUACAUUUGAAGACGCUAAGCCGAGCGUGACUCACAUGGCGCUGCUGCAGCUGCAGAGGGCCGGAUACCUCAAAUACCUCAUCAGCCAAAACGUAGACGGCCUUCACCUGCGCUCGGGCUUCCCCAGGGACCGAUUGUCUGAGCUUCACGGGAACAUGUUCGUGGAGGAAUGUGAGAAGUGCGGCAAGCAGUAUGUGCGUGAAAAGGUAAUUGGGGUCAUGGGUCUGAAACCCACAGGGCGCUACUGCGAAGGAACUCGGUCCAGAGGACUCCGAGCCUGCAGAGGGAAGCUGAUCAGCACGAUUCUGGACUGGGAGGACUCCCUUCCUGACCGGGAUCUGAGCCGUGCAGAUGAGGCCAGCAGGCGAGCUGAUCUGGCUCUUACUUUGGGUACAUCUCUACAAAUUAAGCCCAGCGGUGACCUGCCUCUUCUGACCAAACGUACUGGAGGCAAAGUGGUGAUCGUGAACCUACAGCCAACUAAACACGACAAGCACGCCCACCUGCUUAUGCAUGGUUACGUGGAUGAAGUCAUGGGCCAGCUGAUGAAGCUCUUGGGCCUGGAGAUCCCAGAGUGGGCGGGGCCAACGCUGUGCGAGUUCUCAGGCGGCGACGCGGACAUCCUGCCUUACGGCGCGUGGAAAAAGGAAGUCAAGAUCGAGCUGAAGAUAGAAGAAAAGAAAGAGCCUGCGGCGAAGAGGAAAACGCCAAAGAAGGAUAUUGAUGGAGGAGUCAAGAAAGAGGAAGAUGAUGAGAGAACGAAGAAACCGUGUAAACAUGAGGUUGCGGGCGACGGGAUAUCGGGCGCGGUCAGUGACAAAUCCGAUACAGAACUCUGCUCUUCUUCUGCAGGUGAAGCUAAAAAGCCACGGAUUAACACUCCAUCCUCAUAGAACGUCUUUUUUUUUUUUUUUUUUUUUUUUUCCCCCUCAGUGGAAUUUCAGUGCAAAAACCAGCAAUACAAUCUCAGGCAGGUUCUUUCUUUCUACAUCACAUCACGAAUCUCCUAGGCAGCCAGGGCGUCUUUAGCCGGCUUUUUCACCGCACGAGUUUCAUCCCGGUUUUGAUGUCGCAGACAAACAUCACACACGAGUAUAGAAUUCUUUGGCGGGUUUUCAGGAUGCGUAAUAUGAUGUGACGUUCUCACUGAUGGGCGCUGCGCUGUCAGCUCACGACAAAGCUGUGGCAGUGUCCGAAACGUUUACUGAAAAAAAUAAAUAAUAAUCAUCGAUAAGAGGACAGCAGAGAAACGUGCUAACUGCUAACCGGACAGACAAAACAUCCUUAUUAUCUCAAGCUCGCGCUGAAGAAUGGUUUUGUUCUUAUGAGCCUGUUUUCUGCGUGAACCCAGAUCACGCUGAUUAACUGAUCUAAACCGAGUGUCGUAAUUUUGUUAGAGAAUCUGAUCUGGAGAUUAUCACACAGUGUGUUCGGUUUUAUUACUAGGAUCGCCUUGUACGAUGCGUCAAUAAUUAGCCGUAGUAAUCUUCAAAGAUCGGCUUUUACUCCUUUAGAAGACUAAAGCCUCGUCCUGAAGUGCACAUGAAGUAAAGUGUGACUGAUACACCAGUGUAAAGCAUCUGAAGUGCACCGGUACCUCCUCACUGAUGCUACAUACGACUGUGUAUAAUAUAAAGGAUAAAAUUGACCUGCUUUGAUAGUUAGUUCAGGAGUCUGGGUAAGCGGUGUUUAGAUAACUAAAGCCCCGAGCGCUCACAUCAUUAGGGCUUGUGCAAAAAGAACCUCGUAUCGGUGUCUACCAAGUCAAGUCGAGUCAAGUUUCGACACCGACGAGUGAAAAGGAAGCGACGUGCUCAGUGCUCGCAGAACUGAAUCGCCAUGUUUUACCAUAAUAAUUUCUCGGUGCGCUCAAUUUGAAUGACCACGCUCACUGACGAUGCUAGUUUGAGCGCUCGGGUCAGUCAGUCAUCCUCGCACUCGUAAACGCCGUCGCCUGAGCUUUGAGAACCGACAAAGAUGCGCAUGUUGAUUUUUAAUUUUGAUUUAGUUUUUAUGUUGCACGUUCUCAUCUUAUUAACCCGGUUGUAAUGUGGAUCACAAAACCAAGCUUGCUUAAAGGAACAGUCCACCGU